AUGAUGUCCAUGGAGAACAAUACAGUAGUGACUGAAUUCUUCCUUCUAGGACUUCCUGAUGCUCCAGAAAUGCAGGUCCCACUCUUUAUAAUGUUCACUCUCAUCUACCUCAUCACUCUAGUUGGAAAUCUGGGGAUGAUCAUGUUGAUUCUGUUGGACUCUCAUCUUCACACUCUUAUGUACUUUUCCCUCAGUAAUCUCUCUCUGGUGGACUUUGGUUACUCCUCAGCAAUCACACCCAAUGUGAUGGCAGGAUUCCUUACAGGAAAUAAGGUCAUCUCCUACAAUGCAUGCACUGCUCAGAUGUUCUUUUUUAAAGUCUUUGCCACGGUGGAAAGUUACCUCUUGGCCUCAAUGGCCUAUGACCGCUAUGCGGCCGUGUGUAAACCCCUACAUUACACCAUCACCACGACAACAAAUAUGUGUGCUUGUCUUGCCAUAGGCUCUUAUGCUUGUGGUGUUCUGAAUGCCUCUGUAAACAUUGGAGAUACCUUCAGUCUCUCUUUCUGUAGGUCCAAUCUGGUUCAUCACUUUUUCUGUGAUCUUCCAGCAGUCAUGGUCCUUUCCUGCUCAGAUAAACACAUGAGUGAGAUGGUUCUUGUUUAUAUUAGUACCUUCCAUGUGUUUUUUGCUCUCAUGGCUAUCUUUAUUUCCUGCAUGUUCAUAUUUAUCACCAUCCUGAAGAUGCAUGAUCAUCCCCACUCUCAUUUCACUCAAAGUAUAUUUAAGUACAUGCCCGAAGAAACAUCAUUUAUGCAAACCACAUACACGCCUUGCUUUCUCAUUACUACAGAGAAUUUAGUAAUACACAUGGAGAAUGGUACAAAUGUGAUGGAUUUCAUCGUGGUGGGUCUAACCAAUGCCCCAGAACUUCAAAUUCCCUUCUUUAUUGUGUUCAUCCUCAUUUUCCUCAUCAGUGCUUUUGGAAACCUGGGGAUGAUCGCAUUGAUCCUGUUGGACUCCUGUCUCCACACCCCAAUGUACCUUUUCAUCAUUAAUUUGUCCUUGGUGGACUUUGGCUACUCCUCAGCUGUCACACCUAAAGUGAUAGCUGGGUUCCUUAGAGGAGACAAGGUCAUCUCCUACAAUGCAUGUGCUGCUCAGAUAUACUUAUUUGCAGCCUUUGCCAGUGUGGAAAAUUUCCUCUUAGCCUCAAUGGCCUAUGACCGCUAUGCAGCAGUAUGUAAACCCCUCCAUUAUACCAUCACCAUGAUGACAAGUGUGUGUACACGUCUGGCCAAUGCAUGUGGUUUCUUGAAUGCUUCCAUCCAUGUUGGAGGUACAUUCAGCCUUUCUUUCUGUAAGUCCAAUGUGGUCCAUCACUUUUUCUGUGACAUUCCAGCCGUCAUGGCUCUCUCUUGCUCGGAUAAACACAUUAGUGAGGUGGUUCUUGUUUUAAUUUCAAGCUUUAAUGUCUUUUUUGCUCUUCUGGUAAUAUUGAUUUCCUACCUUUUCAUAUCGAUCACCGUCUUGAAGAGGCACUCAGCUAAGGGAUACCAAAAAGGUUUGUCCACCUGAGCUAGUCACCUCUCUGUAGUCUCCAUCUUCUAUGGGACAGUCAUCUUUAUGUGCUUACAACCCAGCUCCAAUCAUUCCAUGGACACAGACAAAGUGGCAUCUGUGUUCUAUGCUAUGGUCAUUCCCAUGCUGAACCCUAUCGUCUACAGCCUGAGGAACAAAGAGGUUAAAAGUGCAUUCAAGAAGGUUUUGGGGAACGCAAAGUUCUCUCUAGCCUUUGGAUUUUAA